GAGGCUUUUAGCAGUUUAGCUCAUGGCUCCUCAUCUGGAGUACUGGUGACAAAAAACCAAUAGGCAAGGCAAUAGCAUUUUAGAAGAGAGAGAAGAGAGAGAAAAAAUAAAAACAGUAAAGCCUGAAGUUGCUUUAUCUAAUUCUGCUUUACCACUCAAUCAUCACUACCACCACUACCACUACUGUCAACUGUCUAUCGUCUUCUUCCGUUCCUCUCUUCUCUGGAGAUUUUUUUUCUUUUUUGUUUUUUGUUUUUGCAGAACCGAGGAGGGAAAUUCUCGUCUGAAUCUGGUGCGGUGAGCCUCACGGGAGGCAAUGUGCGCCUGAGAUCUGUCGGCAGUUGUUGGCGGCAUUGUUGGAUCUGUUUCAGCGAUGGGAAGCGUGUCCUCCGAUGACGGCUCCGACCAGCAGAGCGAGCGGUGCGGCAGCUACAGCCUGAGCGCCGACGUCAGCGAGUCCGAGAGUUGCAGUAGCUUCUCGUGCCGGCGGUUCGAUUGCGAGGGAGCUUCCAGCUCGAUGACGUCGUCUCCUCGCCCUCCUGUUGCAGGAAAAUUCUUGUUUCCGACGCCGAUAAUGCUUCCGUUGAUCGGAGGGAAGGACGUUGUCGGCUGGGCCGAUAAGCCGAAGAGGCGAGAGGCUGAUUUGUCUGAGGUUGAGAUGAUGAAGGAGAGGUUUGCUAAGCUUCUGCUUGGAGAAGAUAUGUCUGGAGGUGGAAAAGGAGUCUGCACUGCACUCGCCAUUUCUAAUGCCAUAACCAAUCUUUCUGCGACUGUGUUUGGCGAGCUAUGGAGGCUAGAGCCUCUUGCCCCACAGAAGAAGGCAAUGUGGCGCAGAGAAAUGGAGUGGCUUCUAUGCGUGAGUGAUUCAAUUGUUGAGCUUGUGCCUUCCAUACAGCAGUUCCCCGGUGGAGGCACGUUUGAGGUCAUGGCGACUCGACCCCGCUCGGACUUGUACAUUAACCUCCCUGCCCUGAAAAAGCUUGACGCGAUGCUUCUAAGCAUGCUUGAUGGAUUUUGCGAUACUGAAUUCUGUUAUGUAGAUCGUGGUAUAGUGUUUGGCGAUUCUGGUGAUGGCGAUGCAUAUGGUAUGGCUGGUGGUAGGCCUUCGAUUAGGCAGGAAGAGAAGUGGUGGCUGCCCUGUCCAAAACUUCCCCCGAGUGGGUUGUCUGAGGAUGCCAGGAAGAGGUUGCAGCAAUGUAGGGACUGUACCAACCAGAUACUAAAGGCUGCCAUGGCGAUUAAUAAUAGUGUGCUUGCGGAAAUGGAGAUACCCAGAGCAUACUUGGAGUCUUUGCCCAAGAGUGGAAAAGCUUGUCUUGGGGAUAUCAUUUAUCGGUAUGUAACAGCUGAACAGUUCUCGCCAGAAUGUCUUCUUGAUUGUCUGGAUCUCUCAUCCGAACAUCAGACUCUGGAGAUAGCUAACAGGAUUGAAGCAGCUGUGCACAUCUGGAAACAAAAAGACCACGGGAAACAGUCUACUCAUGGAAAAGGAAAGAAGCGCUCAACGUGGGGUGGUAAAGUUAAAGGCUUUGUUUCUGAUAAAGAGAAAAAUCUGUUGCUAUCCCAACGAGCAGAAACACUCUUACAUAGCCUGAGACAUCGUUUUCCUGGUCUCCCACAGACUGCUCUGGACAUGAACAAAAUUCAGUACAACAAAGAUGUUGGGCAGUCAAUUCUCGAGAGCUACUCAAGGGUGAUGGAGAGUCUGGCCUUCAACGUAAUGGCCAGGAUCGAUGAUAUCCUCUAUGUUGAUGACGCUGUGAGGCGAUGUGCUGCAGCAGAAUCAGUGCCUCUCUUCAGCAGAGGAGGUUUGGGUGGUCUUCCUAUCCAGAAGAGGAUGUCUCCAAGCCCUUUCUCCGUACAUCACACUCCUUAUGCCUCUCCGCUUGCAACCCCGACUUUGUUUUCUUCAACACCGGUCAGUGGAAGUCCUGGAAGGACAUCUCUCCCUCUAAAAAAGACCUACUUUAAGGAAACACCAGAGCACAAAUCAGAAAAAUUGGUUGCUGCGGAAUUUGAGAGGGUGUGGUCGUAUGCUGGGAACCUAAGUGCAAGACGUUCUAGUGGAGACGCUCCCGAGCGAGAUUGAGACAAAGUAACUUACUUAGCAUCCUAGUUGACAUUGAUCUGAAGUUCAUCGAUGUUGUCAACGAAAUCACAGAACUGGCUUUGUGGUUCUCGGUGGUAUAUAUUGGUGGGUAAAGCAUGUACAUUGUUUAGCAGUAGAUUUAGAAUAGGUUAAAGUUUUGACGAUGGCUUUUCAUCAAGUUAUAGAUGAAAGUAUUUAUUAUGUUUGUUAUGUACCCUCAAAAUGCUACUGUGAAAACUUAUCUCCCGUCCAUUUCCUACUGCUCAGUUGCUCCAAUCAAGGGUUUUGGUUA